AUGUCUCGGCACGGCUCCGAGCACAUCUUCUUGGAGGAUAUCGCUGAGUUUCUCAUCAUUCCUGUCCUGCUGGAGCUCGGUCUUGUCAUCCUCAUUGCUGUUCAUGCUGGAACCACCAUGGUCUGCCACCUCUUCGCGAAAGUCUUUCGUCUAGAUGGAUUGGUGGGUCAACUCUGUACUCCCGCCAUUCUUACGUCUAUGCGCCAUAUUCUCAGCCACCUCAUCACCUUCAUCAGCAUUGUCACCAAGGCACUUUUCGACAUCCCAGUAGGUCUCUGCGACGACCUCACCAAAGACGACCCCCCUGGUGCUCAGUGGACACACCUUGGACGGAUUUUCACCGCAAUGAUGUUGACUGCGGUAGAGUCGAAGUGCAGUGUUCAUCUAGUGACGGUCAGAGUUUCCAUUCUAGCAUUCUGGUUCUGGACUGCAACCUCAUGGCUUGCGUUAUUUGUCUUCGGUGUCAAAUGGGUCAAGUGCAAGGUCGUAGUCAAGGAUACAAAGAGUGCCGACACAGACAAGAUGUUGACAGACCUUGUUAACUGCAUUGUGAUGCUUAAGGAUCGUAUUGUGAGUCUCGAGAAUGCUGCGGCAAUUCAGGAGAAGUCGAUCGCGCGACUAUUGUCACAAGACACAGCCAUCACCCCAGAUGACCUGAGCUCGAAGAAAUCCAGUGACUGCUUCGACUUAGACUCGUGCACCGAAGGACAACUGACACCUGCCACCAACGAUGAUGGAGUGCUUCAGGACUGCUCAGGCGCCGUUUCAGAUUGCUCAGAAGCCAACAGUGUUCAGUACACUCCAAACUCUUCAACUACCACCACAUCUGCCGUCAUCUACACACCACUUUCCGUGACCUCUGUUCACAGCCACGGUAACAACGCUGUGUCUUCCGGAGUCAACGACACUCAAAAGCGAUCAGACUCUGGUGGAAGCACACACUCCGGAAUGCCAGUUCUGACAUCAACAACCACGAAAACCAUUGAUGAACUUCCAAUAGCAACUCCAGAGGUCAAGCCUAACAACAUGGAGAUCUCGAGUCUGCACAACAUUCGUCCCGAGAGCUCUGUCAAUGCGCGUUCACAAGCCCCUUGGGACAGGCUGACGAUGCCAGUGCAACUUGCACUGCUCAGAUGGCUAGCCCCAACAUCACCCAACGAGCCAGACCCCUUCGUGGUCCCAAAGCUUCUCGAAAUCCGCGAGCGCGUCCACUUGGAAACAGUGUCUGACAAUGUCGCUAAAGAACUUCAAGCACAACUGAAGAACGCAAAGAUGAUGGGUAAAAGAAGGAUGAAAGAAGUCAAAAGCCUGCAAAGCCAAACCAUGAAGAAACUUCAACUCUGUACUGAUGACGAAAAGGGCAAAUUCGUUAUGCUGGACUGGAAUAUCGAUGCGUAUCAGAACAUUUUUGAGAAUUUGGAGGAUGCGGAGAUCGAGAUUGAUGAGGCUUUGGAGUUUAUUGGAAAGUAUCGCUGA